AUGGUUAAAAAUGGCAGUAAGAAACGAAAUAAACUUUGGGAAACAUGCGGCUCAAGCGCCGGCACUGGGAUUGCAGUAUUGGGACUAGCGCGGAAUGCUGUAGUUGGCCCUAGCCGAGAACCCACAUCCAAGCAUAAUCACAAAAUACUUAGACAUUGGAUUUCUCGAACGACAGCGACAACCGACAAACCCAGCAGCCAACCAUCCUCCUCCCGCUUCAUCAAAGCAGACUUUUCGAACGCCUGUGGUUCACUUCUCGAAAAUUCUGCAAUCAUGGCUGACGCUCCGGUGACCCUGCGGACGCGCAAGUUUAUCCGCAACCCUCUUUUGGCCAGAAAGCAGAUCGUCGUUGAUAUCCUCCAUCCCAACCGCGCCAACAUCUCCAAGGAUGAGCUCCGUGGAAAGCUCUCCGAGCUCUACAAAUCCAACAAGGAACAAGUCUCCGUAUUUGGUCUUCGCACUCACUAUGGUGGUGGUAAGACCACUGGCUUCGCACUCAUCUACGACUCGACCGAAGCCCUGAAGAAGUUUGAGCCGCGCUACCGCCUCGUCCGCAUUGGAGCCGCUGAGAAGGUUGAAAAAGCUAGCAGACAGCAACGCAAACAAAGAAAGAACCGAUCAAAGAAAUUCCGGGGUACGGAAAAGACCACGGGACCAAAGAAGGACAAGAAGAAAUAA